CGGGUUUGCUCACUCAAACCCAAUCAACCCGCCAAAGAAAUCCAAGACGAAGACGAAAACCAACGAUGGCCAGGCCUCUCCUCUCGAUGCUUUCCCACUUCUCCUCUCCUCCUCCUCGCUCCUCCUCUCUCCUCGCCUCCAUGGCCUCCGUCGAGAUCCCCAAUGCCCUCCCCCAUUCCUCCCUCGAGCUCAUCGGCCCUCGCUGUUCCCUCCUCUCCAGCUUCUCCAGCCUCCAGCGCCCCUACAAACCCUUCCCUAUCAUCGCCUGGAACUGCCACGUUGAGACCCUCUUUGCCGCCUUCUUCCGCUCCCUUCCCUCCGUCACUCUCCGCCGCGAGUGCCUCCGCACCCCCGAUGAUGGCGCUGUCGCCCUUGAUUGGGUUGCCGCUGACGAUCGCCUGCUCCCGUUUGAGUCUCCGGUUCUUGUUCUGCUGCCAGGUCUCACUGGCGGUAGUGGUGAUACGUAUGUGAGGCAUUUGCUUGUACGAGCUCGGAGUAUGGGAUGGCGUGUCGUGGUUUUCAAUAGCCGUGGUUGUGGUGAUAGUCCUGUCACAACCCCUCAGUUUUAUUCAGCAUCAUUUACAGAUGAUCUUUGCCAAGUUGUUGAUCAUGUUUCGAAGCGGUAUCACAAGUCGAAUGUAUAUGCUGUGGGCUGGUCUCUUGGUGGGAAUAUAUUAGUAAGACAUUUGGGUCAGGAAUCUGACAAAUGUCGUCUCUCUGGGGCUGUAUCCUUGGCCAAUCCUUUCAAUUUGGUAUAUGCAGACGAGGACUUUAAGCAGGGCUUUAAUGUUGUCUAUGAUAGAGCUCUUGCUAGAGCUUUGAGCAAAAUCUUCAAUAAGCAUGCGCUUCUAUUUGAAGGGAUUGAAGGUGAAUACGACAUGGCUGUGGCAGCUAAUGCACGAUCUAUUAGGGAAUUUGAUGAAGCAUUGACACGUGUCUCAUUUGGUUUUAAGUCUGUGGAUGAUUAUUAUUACAAGGCAAGCAGUUCAAAGUCCAUUGAGCAUGUUCGUACACCUUUGUUAUGUAUACAGGCUGCUAAUGAUCCAUUUGCACCAUCAAGGGGAAUUCCUCGAGAAGAAAUAAAGGACAACCCAUACUGUCUCUUAAUUGUUACUCCGCAAGGUGGUCAUCUUGGGUGGGUGGCUGGGGAUGAAGCUCCAUUUGGAGCUCCAUGGACUGAUGAGGUGGUGAUGGAAUUUCUGGGGCAUCUUGAAAAGGAGGGCACUGAAAAAGCCGAAAUCUGGCAUCCUAUGAAGGUGGAUGGUAUCCAACAGUUGGAACCUUCUAUAUCUGUGCACACACAAUCGUAGCUUUAGUCCAUGGUGAGAGCUGAACAGAAAAUUGCAUCUCUCCAUGAUCUCCCCAUGACAAAUGAAGGAGUUUGGUUCUGAAGGCAUCAUAUGUAUACUAGAAUUAUUCUUGAGGAGCGUAAGCUUCAAUUCCAAAGAUUGAUUGCUCUUCCAAUGUUGCCCAAGAAGAUGAAUUUCUCUCUUGUUAAUGACACUUGGAAACCACGCCAUCAGCAAAAAUCAGGUGCAUUGCCUGUGUGCUGUAUAUGUUUUCCUCAAGAUUUGUAGUCCUAAGCUAUGAAAAAUGAUUGCCUGCAAGUGUGCUGUGGCACAGACAGGAAAAUAUUAUAAACUCAUUUUAUAUUGUGAUAGAUUGAAUCAUUUGUUAUUUUUAUGCUUUCAAUGAGUAUGAAAAUGUAUUAGCUCAACCAGGAGUCAUUUUGUUGUUCCAGUUGAGGUUCAUCUGGUUAGUCCAUUCAUGUCAAUUGAAGAUCUUGCAAUAUGAAAUAGUUUCCUUUAUUU